AAAAGGUCCGGCUAGGGCAGGAGCUUCUAGCGGGACUGUGUCACCAGAGGACGGGUAAGAGAGGUGAUCGGCAGCCCUUAGCAUCGCACAGCAGCCGCCGUCUGUGAGCAGGGAGCCCCCCGCCUCGAAGCGCACAGCAGCCGCCGUCUGUGAGCAGGGAGCCCCCCGCCUUGAAGCGCACAGCAGCCGCCGUCUGUGAGCAGGGAGCCCCCCGCCUUGAAGCGCACAGCAUCCGCCGUCUGUGAGCAGGGAGCCCCCCGCCUCGAAGCGCACAGCAUCCGCCGUCUGUGAGCAGGGAGCCCCCCGCCUCGAAGCGCACAGCAUGCCGCCGCUUGAGAGGUCGCAGGAGCUGCUGAAGCCGUUCAAACAAAGAAAAUCUCUGGCGACAAGACAACAUGAAGUCACUACCGUGAGAUCAAAAUUUCCCAACAAACUUCCGGUCAUCGUGGAGCGCUACAGCAAGGAGAGAGUGCUCCCCCUGCUGGACAAAACAAAAUUCCUCGUCCCGCAGGAGCUCACGAUGUGUCAGUUCAUGAGUCUGAUCAGGAGCCGCAUGGCUCUGGGUGCGACGCAGGCGUUGUAUCUGCUGAUUGAUCGCCGCUCGCUAGCCAGCCUGAGCCUCACGAUGGCGCAGAUCUACUCCCAGAGCAAGGACGAGGACGGCUUCCUCUACGUCACCUACGCCUCGCAGGAAACCUUCGGCUGACAUCACUUCCUGCGCCUGAGAGGGAGGGACCCGCCUCCCGUCAACAAGACCGCGUCACCGCGCCUUGCGUAGCCAAACCUGUGUAAUCUCGCGUUCUUUUAAUGCCGUGAUGUCACUUCCUGUCACUGUGUGUGGGGGCGGGGCAAACGAAUGAACUCACUUCCCUUUUUUGGGGUACGCCAGAAAGGCGACCAAAUGAUGUCACUUCCAGGGCAAGGCAAUUGCUUAAAGCUACCCAAGUGAUGUCACUUCCUCCCAGUCAAUGCUGCACGCAGGGCCAUUGGGAUAGAGAGGAGGCCCUACACUGCCUCCUGGUGGCAGGCUGGUGCAGCUGUAGUUUCCUUGAAUGUGAUUUAUUUUUUUGUAUUGCAAGCAGCGCCACUGGCUGGUCAAAUGUUGUACCUGCAGAAAAAACCCAAAACUACCAGAAAAUAAAAAAAAACACAUUUUUUUUUAACUUUA